UGGGCGCAUAACCGCCAGACGACACGCCCAGAAGAUGGAGCUUAUUGCCUGCUAGGCAUAUUCGGCAUUCAUCUACCCCUGAUCUACAGCGAGGGCAAAGAGAACGCGCUGAAGCGAUUGGAAAAAGUAAUACGAGAGUCUUUCGACCAAGUCGCGAGUAUUCCUGUUGACAACACUGAUGCUCGCAGCCGAAACCAGGAGGAGAGGCUUGGCAAAAUCUUCAGCUGGCUUUCGGCUCCUGACCCGUCCACCAACUACCACAAAGCGCACAAGCAGCGGCAGGCUAAGACAGGUCUCUGGCUGCUAGAAAGCACAAAGUUCACAGACUGGAAGAAAAGAGCAGCGUCGCGACUGUGGCUGUACGGGAUCCCAGGAUGUGGAAAGACCAUCCUGAGCUCUACUGUUGUUGAGAAUCUGCUGCAGUACUGCCAUGAUGACACUAACAUGGUGACGGCGUACUUUUACUUCAACUUCAACGAUGCACAGAAACAAGAUCCGAAGCUCAUGCUGCGCUCGCUGCUCUGCCAGCUUGUGCAGCGGUCGGUCGUGAUACCUAAGGGCGUUGAUGCGUUGUUCUCAUCUUGCGAGAACGGGCAACGGAAGCCAUCGUCACAUGCGCUUUUACAAGUAACAAAGGAAGCGGCGCAAGAGUUCACGCACGUGUACGUUGUUCUCGAUGCUCUUGAUGAGUGUGCGCAGCGCUCGGAGCUGAUGGACAUGCUCGAAGCAGUGGCUGAGUGGCAGCUUAACAACCUGCAUUUGCUCAUGACUAGCCGGAAAGAGCGGGAUAUCGAGCGCUCCUUAGAGGAAUACAUUAGGGAGGAGGACGCUGUAUGUCUUCAAAGGGACGUAGUGGACCAAGACAUACAGCGAUACGUCCAACAAAGGCUGCGUGUCGACAAGGGCUUGGCGAAAUGGAACAAGGACGCUUCUGUCAGGCAGGAGAUUGAGGCCGCGCUAAUGGGCGGAGCUCACGGGAUGUUCCGGUGGGCUGUAUGCCAGCUAGACACACUAGGAAAGUGCUGCAAUCGAGCGAUGCUGCGCAAAUCUCUUGCUAGUCUGCCGCGGACGCUAGACCAGACAUACGACCGCAUUCUUUCCGCGAUAAGUGAUGAACAUUCUAACUACGCGAUCCGCAUUCUGCAGUGGCUGACGUUCUCUGCGCGGCCGCUGUCCGUCGAAGAGGUCGCCGAAGUCGUCGCCAUCGACGUAGCGCGCGACCCAGCGUUCGACCGUGAUGAGGUGCUAGAAGAUCCGUUAGAAGUUCUGGACAUCUGCUCGAGUCUAGUCACUAUCACAACGAACGAAGUGGACAGAAGAUCAGGGUCUGCUCAACGGAUCGUUGCUCUAGCACACUACUCAGUGCAGGAGUACCUUGUGUCAGACAGGAUUAGGCAAGGGUUAGCAAAGCAGUACAGCAUGCAAGAGACCGCAUGUUAG